AUGAAAAAGAUAUAUAUCGGUAAAACAGCUCUCAAAGCCCAGAGAAAUGGUUGCAAACACCCGAAAAGAAGUUCCUUUCAUGACCACAAGGAGGACCUACGCAAGCGUCUGUCCUACACCACCCACAAGCUAGAGAUGGUGGAGUCAGAGUUCGACUCCACCCGCCAGUACCUGGAGACAGAGCUUCGUCGAGCUCAGGAGGAGCUGGACAAGUUUACGGACAAACUGCGCAGAAUCCAGAGCAGUUAUGCAGCGCUGCAGAGGAUCAACCAGGAUCUGGAGGACAAGAUGCACAGGACGACCGAGCACCAUGAUGAUGAGAAGCGAGCUCUGAGCAGAGAGAUCAUUGUUCUCAACAACCACCUCAUGGAGGCAAAGCUCACCAUAGAGAAGCUUCGAGAUGACAACGACCUGUACAGGAAGGAUUGUAAUCUGGCUGCUCAACUGUUGCAGUGCUCCAAGUCACACUACAGGGCUCACAAGCUGUCUGAGCUGCCUGUUGACUUCCAGGAGAGGGUGAGCACUCACAUAGAGAAGCACGGGCACAGUGGUGGGGUCACUAUGGCAAUGUGCCACUCCCCUUACUCUGAUGCCGUUCCCACGGCGAUCAUUGCCAAGGUUCUGGAAAAACCUGAGCCAGGAAGCAGCCCAGUUACGCGCUCGCCAAGCCCCACCCCCCAGGACGGCAACUUCCUGUCUAACAACAUGGGGACAGGAAGCACAGAUCAUCUUAACCGUCGCACGGCCUACAAGACGUCUGACCUGUACAGCAGCGACACUGCUCUAUACUGCCCUGAGCGCUGGCAGGAGCGCAGGCAAAGCGUUGAUGUCCAUGGUGGCCUUCACCUCCAAGCCCAGCUCUCCACCGACAGCAACCCAGAAGAGGAGGCCUUCAUGUCAGGCGGCUUCUUGCAGGGCCGCCCCCCCUCCUUCCAGGCCUCCAGCUCCUACUCUAGCUUCAGUGUGGCUUCGGACGAAAAGGGGGAAGCUCAAGACCCUGGCAGCACGCUCUCCUCCUCCCACCAGGGCCUUUACAUAGACUGGCGUGAUGACUACGAACACAAGAGCACGUCCUCCUACGACAAGGACACCAUGUCCUGCUAUGACAAAGACAGCUUCCCCAAGUCGCUCAGCUUCCAGAACGUGGCUCCGCCCCGGAGCCCCCAGACAGGUGCCGGAGGCCGCAUCAUCGCCUCGCCGGCAUAUACCAGGACAGCUUCCUGUUACAGCGAGCCUUACCACCCCUCUCCCUCCCCUCGCCUAGCCUCCUCCCACAGCAUGGGCACCACCUCCGACCUGGCCUCGGCGCUGGCCCAGACUCCGCCCGGGGACGUGGAAGUCUCUGAGGAGGACUUGAGCACGCGCUGGAGGCAGCUGAGCGUCGAUGAACUCAGCAGCUUCUCGUUCCGUGACCUGGGUGGCCGCGUGUCGCCCUACAGUUUCUCAGAGAGGCACUUUGCCCUGGGCCCGGCCAAGGCCAAACACGGGCCUCUCUAUAGCAGCUUCCAGGAGGGGGACCAUGUCUUCCACAGCUUUGCUGGUCCCCCCUCCCCGAGUCCCAGCCCAAGUCCAAGCCCCAGUCCCAAACUUGGUCCUGGCCAUCGUAAGCAGGAGAAGGGUAUCCUCUACAGGGCCAAGCAAGAUAGCCAAGACUCUGAGUGCAGCCUAUUCCUCUCAGUGAGCUCCAAGGAGAAGGAAAGCGUGUCAGGGACUGUGAAAAAGGACUACGUCGACGUCAGCCCCAACAGCUCAGCGGAGUCCUUACAGCCAGGGUCACUGGAGCCCACCAAAAUACAGCACUACCAGAGAGAGAGGCCCAGCUCCAGUUCCAGCACCAGGCCCAGGCCCAGCCUCAGGCCUAGCUCAAGCCCCAGGCCCAGCUCCAGUCAUGGGCCCCGGCCUCGACCAAGCUCCAGCCUGGGCCCUGCACUUCCUGAGAAGACUUCGCCACGAUACCAAAAAUUUGGCAGCACAGGACUGACGAGGAAGGAUAGUCUGACCAAGGCGCAGCUCUACGGAACCCUGCUGAACUGAGUACAAGCUUGUGUUUUCAUGCAUGGUAGUAUUUGACUUUACGUCCCUAAUGUUUCAAGUUGGGAUGGGGUGUAAGUAAAACGUUUGAUAUGUUAUCUGCCCACAGCACGUAUCCCGCAGUCUCAAUUCAACACGACUGUUUUGAUUUCCAGACGUUGUAAAAGUAGCGUCUCAUCUGCGCCACUGUAUCCAGCUUAGUGGUGUGGGAUCUCAUUACCAGACCUUCAUGGUGGUAUCUCCCUCCCAGAACCACUGGAGCGUGACUAACGGAGGGUAAACCAGCAGCAGGCGGUCCAUUAUACUGCUGGCUCCAAGCAGCAAACAGCCAUGCCAGUCUCACUCUCAUCUGUUCACUGACAAAAUGCAUGUGGAGAGUGUCAACAAGUAUGAAGAAGCAUUUAUAUUUCUUGUUCUGGGAGAGAAACGGGAUACUAUUUUAAGAAUCCCAAAAUACAACAUAUGUCCAACAAGCCACACAGUUUAAUACCGUGCAGAUGUUUUUUUACGUACAUUUGAGGCAGCUUUUUACAUGGACUGUUAGAAAUCUGUUGA